AUGCCGCACAAUGAGCCAUAUGGAUCAAGUUUUCCUCCUCCAAUGCCUCCACCACCACCACCCGCGAUGCAUUGGUGGUGUAACAACUGUCGUCAAGUGAAUUCUAUGAGUCGUUACCAAUGUACACUUUGCAGAGGCAAUGACACUUACGAUCUUUGUGAACAUUGCAUCGGACACGCUUCAUCAGUACAUCCAGGACAUACAUUUGCUUUAAUGCCAGCACUUCAUAUAAUUCAUUAUUAG